CUGCAAGUCGUUGGUUGUCUUUUGUCCUUUUGACAUUAACAAAAUAAAGAAAAAAACAGGAACCCUAGAAAUGUCACAAUCGUCAUCACCGGAGAAAAUCGAAGACGAUAAAACCCCCAAUCCCACCAGCAACCAAAUCCUGAAGCAGCAUUUUCAACCACCCAAGAGGAUCAGACCUCUCAGCUUGCCCGAUGUUCUUCUCAGGAUGCACCAUCAUCGCCCCCACCGUUUGUCUUUCUCCGCCGCUGCCCUUUCUCCUCGCUCCGCCUCCUCCCCUCUCUCCGAUUCCGAUUUUCCUGACUCCUUUGACUCUCCCCGACAGGACUACACCUCCCUCCUCUCCGAUGGGCUUCUCCUCACCAUCUUCUCUCAACUUCCCAUUUCUCAGCAUCUCACGACUUCGCUGGUUUGCAAGCGGUGGUUGUCCCUUCAUGGCCGCUUGGUUCAAUCCCUGAAGCUUAACGUUUGGGAUUUCCUCGCGUCUGGUCGGGUUUUCGCACGGUUCCCUAAUCUCACCCAUAUCGAUGUCGUCCGUUCGUGUAUCUGUGCGACCCCAAACCUUGGUAUCGUCUUGACUCUUAAGUCCUUAUCUGUUCAUAUAAAUUCCCAUCUCGCUCAGGAUGGGUUUAUUGGGAAAGAUGAUCUAUUGCCGUCGGACAAGAUUGAUCAAGGUCUUGAACUGAUUGCCGAAAAGUACCCCAAUUUGAGGAGAAUUGCAGCGAUAGGUGCUAGUGAAGAUGGGUUGUCUAGCAUAGCCGACAAGUGUCUGACGUUGCAGGAACUGGAGCUUCAUAGCUGCGGAGAUUUGUCGUUAAAAGGUGUUGCAGGAUGUAGGAAUUUGCAAGUAGUGAAAUUGAUAGGAACAGUGGACGGGUUUAAUAAUUCGGUGGUGUCAGAUAUUGGGUUAACUCUCCUAGCACAAGGGUGUAAGAGAUUAGUGAAGCUUGAGCUAUGCGGUUGUGAAGGAAGUUAUGAUGGGAUCAAAGCAAUUGGGCAGUGCUGUCAAAUGCUCGAGGAAUUGACUCUGCAAGAUCAUCGAAUGGAUGAUGGGUGGUUGGCGGCUCUGUGUUUUUGUGGAAAUUUGAAGACUUUGAAGCUUCAAGCCUGUAAGGCUAUUGAUUCAAAUCCUGGACUGGAUGAGCAUCUGGGAGUGUGUCCGAUGCUCGAAGAGGUGCAUUUAGAGAGAUGUCAAUUGAGGAAUAGAAAUAGCACAAAAGCUUUAUUUUUGGUUUGUGGCAAUGUGCGAGAUAUUGCGCUGUGUAACUGCUGGGGUUUGGAAGAUGAUUUAUUUGCCUUAGCCACUAUCUGUAGGAGGGUGAAGUUAUUGUAUCUUGAACGUUGCUCAUUGCUGUCAACUGGAGGUCUAGAAUCAGUAGUUCUUUCAUGGAAAGAGCUUCAAAGGCUAAUCGUAGUUUCUUGUAAUAACAUCAAAGAUAGUGAAGUAACUCCUGAACUAGCUACCCUCUUCUCCACCCUGAAAGAGCUCAAAUGGAGACCCGACUCCAGAUCUAUGCUAAAAUCAAAUCUUGGAGGCAUCGGGGUGUGGAGAAAAGGCGGUAAAUUUUUCACCCGUUUAAAGGGUUGAACAUGAAACACACACUGCUGAGGCAGUUGAAAAGAGCACCAAAGAGCUUGCCACAGGAGUACAGUUCUUACUGAAGAUAGCUCCUAGUUUUUUCACCUUCCUUGUUGUAAAUGCAGCAACUCUAGUAUGCCGUGAAUUUUGAAGGCAUACGGAUUGGCUUCUGAUAGUGUACGCUGAUACUUGAUAGAAAUAAGUCUGUGAAGAAAAUAAAUCUUAGCUCUCCACAAAUUAAGAGGGGAUGUGUCUGCUGUUUUAGUUCAUUUUUGUCUCAAAUGACAAAAUAUGUCCGGGUUGCAGCU